UAUUCAUUACCCUGUAAAAAUCUGGUGGAGUCGCAUAUAUACUGGUAUAGAUUUGGUAAUAAAUUCCUACCGGAUUUGUAGUAAGUUCUCUCUGAGUAGUAAAUUUUUCAUUAUUACAGCCUUACUAAACGGUAAUGUUCGUUGUGUCCAGAGUCGGUGCAAUGUACCCCGGCCAGUAAUAAUUUAAUACCAGUUUGUAGACCUUCGUAUCAAUUUUUCUUGAUCAAAUCUGUCAUAAAUGUUGCCUACAAAAAUUUCCCCUGAAGUUAUUCCAAAUGGGGAUCAGUUCUCAGUUGAACUUGACCCAAUCAGACUUUUGGAAAAAUUAGAAAAUAAUUUUGCUCAAAAUGUUAAUCCGAAAAUUUUACCGAUUCACGAUUGUGAUGUGGAGAAAUGUGAAUUAAAAUAUUCGAUCCAUUUCGCCGCUCAGAAAGAUGAUUACGUCGAAUUUGAAAACUUGUUGAGCAGUCCGGCCGCAAAAUUUGACUUUGAAGGGAGUGAUUGUCAAGGAAUGACGAUACUUCAUCGAUUAAUUGCCAAACAUCAUGCCGACAAUGUCCAAGUUAUCAAACGAAUGGAAGAAGUAAUUUCUUGGUUCGUUAGCACAUUUAUGAAGUCGAGUCCGGCGCUAAAAACUUGCGUCAAUAAGCAAGAUAGCGACCACAAGACUGCGCUACAUUACGCGGCAAGUUUGAACUUACAUGGCGUAAUAGAACUAUUGCUACUUUGGGGAGCAGACCCAUCAAUGCAGGAUGGCGAUGGGGCGACCCCACUACAUGUGGUAUCAAUGGCUCGAGCCGAGGCGGACGAAAAGCUUCGUCAAAAGGCAAAUCCAUUAACCUGUGCGAAACAAUUGAUGGACGCUAUGCCGUUCAAGGACAUUGCAGACAACGAGGGCAGAACAUCACUCGAAGUGGCUGUCACCAUGGGAUGGAAUCCGCGACUUGUCCAACUUUUGCUUGACAAUGGGUGUAGUCCAUGCCCGGAAAUUUAUGACAAAAAAUCUGGACCAUUCAGGCGACCAAUUUUACAUCACGCCAUAGAUAACUGUUAUGACGAAGACGUCGAAAACGUCGACUGUGUUCGUAACCUUAUAAAAGCAAUGACAAAGGAAGAGCUAAAUUUAAAGUCUGAGCGCGAACCGAAAUGGUUGGGGCGAAGUGCGAUCCACAUGGCGGCGUAUGACCUGUCUCCUAAUGUGUUAAAGGCUCUAAUGGAACGCGACGAAACGGACGUUCUUGCCGUGGACGACUCUGCCGAGAAGCGUACGACUCUGCACAUUCUGGCGAAUUUGGGUUGGAAUGCGGGAACCGGGGAGUGCGUGGAAGUUCUACUGGAUAAGAAGGGGAAAAUCCGCCCAUCUUUUGGGGAAGGUGCGAAACAACAAUUUUUCGAGAUGAAGGAUGCCAAUGGAGAAACCGCGCUGGAUAUUUCGAUCCGACGAGAUUCUGCGCCAUUGUCGAAAGCUUUUAUACAGAAUGCGCCGUACUAUGCGCCAAGCAUCUGGAUGGACAGAGAUUUGAUGGAGAAAAUAUAUCACAAAGUUCCCGAAGCGUUACUACCCGUGAUGGAGGAAUAUAUUAACUUUGACAAUAAAAACUAUGAGGCAAACGAUGAGACAUUUACGGCUCAUAUCGGACCAAUAACCGGGUUUAACGAAAAUGUUUAUGAGGAUGACCAAUUCCCAGAUCAUUUUGUGAGAGAGACGGAUUUGCUCGCGAUAAUGAUGGAUUCUCCAUUUGUGAAGGAAUCCGAGACAGCAAACAUGCUGCAAUGCCCACUUUUGAGGGUUUUCAUCAUGGAAAAGUGGAAACUGUUGCGACCAAUGUUUUGGAUCGGCCUCUUCAUUAAGAUUUUCUGGAUAGUUUUGUACCUGUAUUUUGUCAUCGAUGUAUUUUGGAUUCAAUUUCCAUACGAGGGAAAGCCAACCACCAGCGAACAAAACCUCAAUUUUGUUCAGCUCUUUUGUGCCAUUUUGAUCAUAUCCAUGACAAGUUUGCUCUCCACGGGAAGAAUCGUCGUCUCAAUUUUGUCGAUCGGGAUCAAAAAAGCGUUGGAUUUUUAUGUCGUGAUCCACCUCGUUUUUAGCGUUUUUACCUGCACGGUGAUCAUCCUCGUGUGUGUUAAUGGGGUACAGGAGUGGAGUUACGUCGCCACAGCGAUUAACAUAAUCUUCGCAUCCUUCCUGGGAAUGUGGGAGUUACGAAACGUUCCCGUGAUUGGGAUUUAUGCCGAUGUUUUUUUCACGGCCACUAAAAAUUUGAUCCGGUUAAUGAUUGCGUUCACCCCACUUUUUGUGGGAUUCACUAUUGCCAUUAGUCUCAUGCUGCGAGGGGACAAGAAUUUUCCAGAAUUGCACUGGAAUUUCGUCAAAAUGUUAGUCAUGAUGUUGGGCGAGAUUAAUUUUAACGACUUGUUCUACGGAUCGGACCCUCAGUCACCGUUUAGGACGUUUUCUAUCCUGAUGAUGGCCCUGUUCGUGGUCACCGUGCCCAUCGUCAUGUUCAAUUUGCUGCUCGGAUUUACGAUAAGUGAUGUCCAGGCACUCGAAUCUGAGAGUGAGAACAAAGUGUUGCUGUCCCAACUGGAAGAAAUAAUCCUGCUCGAGAGACUCGUCCUGUCACGUGGUGCGCAAAAAUUGUUGCCACAGCGACUACUCUGGAAGGCCAUGCUGGCGACGAGAAAAUGGACUACAGAAUCGGAGUAUUUUGGACAGAAAUUGGAAAUCGAGACGCCAAUGGAACAAUUGCCGAGCAAUUUGAAAAUAAAAAUUUUGCACGUGGCGAAUAUACGGAAAAGCAAGAAAGAGAAUAAUUAAUUAAUCGAGAGAUAAUUAAUUCGAGUGGUGUAAAGUAUGUACAUAAAACUAAAAUAAUAUAAAAAUAUAUAUCUAAUAUGUAAUUAAUAUGAUAUUUUGAAUUAUACACACUUAAAUA